GUUUGAUUGUACAAUGCACUCCGCUUGCAAGUACAUAGCAUAAUUUCCAGAUGUUAACGAGAACUUGGUAGUGAAAACUAUUUUUCAGGAUUAAUCCAAGUGUUUGCGUUUCGACUUCGUCUCUUCAGAACCACGACACUUGACCAAUGCACCGGGCUGACGUUAGUCCAAAAUUGGAAACACUACAUUCGAUGUCUCCUAAGUGAAGCGAUUCUGUUUGCUGAUGAGACAUACUGAAAUUAAACCUUGUUUUUAGCUAAGCAAGCGAACGUAUAGCAAAAUACUAUAUUACUCCCUAGAGAGAAAAUUGGUUUAAAACCGUCUUUAUGCAUGAAAUGCACAAAACCUAACUUUAUUUAGUUCAGGUGUAUCAACUUCGUCUCCUCAGAACCACGGAACUUGACCAAUGCAGAUCAAGGAAAAAUAACUACAUUUUCAACUAAUGGAAAUAUUAUAUACACGUCAAUAAGUUCUGUUUUAAGAUAGCCUUUUUAGAUCUCGUUUAGUGAUUUCAUUUCGUGAAACGAAAUGGAGACGGCCUGUAGCAGUCAGAUUGCAUUCAAACCAUGGAUGCCAAAUCUCAAGCAAGAACAAGCUGAGCACUCUAGUAACGAAACUAAAUCGACCCCUGACACCAUAUCCUGCUGCCGAAUAUGCCUACGAAACACUUCACUGAACAAUCUUCAAAUUAUUACAAAAGAACACAAAAUAAAAAUAUUGGCACUGGUGAAGAAGAAAAUCCAGCGCAAGGAUCAAUAUCGUCAUAUUUGCUCGAACUGUUCCAACCUUUUAGACAUCAUACUUGAUUUUAGAACGGCUACCAUACAAGCCAAUAGACUCCUGCUGGCCGGGAAAACAAACAUCAAAAGUGACGACUGGUAUCGCCAAGACCGUGUUGAGGCGGUUGCGCUUUGCAGAGAUUUGGUUCAUAAUCACAGGAGAAUGAUUGAGUCGGCUUAUAGAGAAUACCGAGCAGAACUCGAACCUCAAACGAUUGUUGACGGACUCAGCUCCUCUGAACCUGAUAUAAAAUUGGAACCGGUAUGUGAACUAACGGAAGGAGUCGUUCCAGUGGAAGCUUCUGACGAUCAACCAAACGAACAAGUAAGGGCAAAUUAUUCUCUGUCUGACGAGGAUGGUGACGGCAGGGAAACUGUGACUAGUACUAGUGAUGAUGAUGUCCCGUUGAAUGAACGGAAAAGACGUUCCAACAGAGUAGAGAACGUGCACAGUGGAAAUCGUCGAGGGCGUAAGCCGAAGGAACAGCCUGAAUUCAUGCCACAGUUAUGUGACUUUUGUGGUAAGCGAGUCUGCGGGGAGUCAGCCGAAGGUCACAAAAAUCAGCAUUUAGGUAUCAAGCCAUACUCCUGUACGGUGACGGGUUGCACGCUCACAUUUUUCGGUCGCUACAAUCGCUUACGACACGUGAAACGAAUGCACAGCGAGAACGGCGUUGAAGUGCACAAUUGUCAUGUUUGCGGAAAAACUAUUCGAGGUCCGAGUCGAGCACUGAAAUACCAUCUGCAGAGGCACGAACAAAAUCAGAAAGCCGAAAAAGACUUCAUCUGCAAUGUGUGUGGCAAAGGUUUCACUUUGCAACGUUAUUUGACACAGCAUUCCAUCAUUCAUUCGGGUGAAUUUCCGCACAAGUGCAGCUAUUGCGGUAAAAAAUUCAACAACAAGUGGGGUAUGCGUACACACGAGAAGAACAUUCACGAGAAACGUAGUCACGCUUCCACGGAUACCGAUCGAUCUGAAAUUAGAAGGGUAGAAGGUUGCAAUACGAUGAAAUGCAGCAAAGAACAACAACAUAGCAAUCACUAGAGUAGGAGUAUAGUCUGUGCAAUUAGAAUUAGUUGUAAAUAAACC